AAAUGUUGCGAGAAGGGAUAGCGAGUGUAACGUCGACGUCGACCUCGAGAUGGACGGUUUAAAAGAGACGGCAGGGACGUUUUGGAGAACGUGCUCUGAGUAUGUACACCCACCACCGCCGAUCCGGGAACAAGUCCCCCUAGAAGAUGCUCAAUUCAAAGCCGAACGAGAAGCGAGGGUCCAAGCACAGAUACAGCUCUCCUACGAACGCGCAAUGGCACGGCUAUCGGAAAUGAUCGACCGAAACGCGAGUAAGCCUGCACAUAUCUCCUCCCUCCGCGUCCUCGGCGCCAACAAGACUCGACCUGGAUUCUUGCAGGCUGUGUUAGAGCCACACCUCGCCGCAGCACAAGACCCCGAAGCGACUUUUGCGACAGUCUUGAACUCGAUCCAAGCCGCUGCCGAAAAACUAGAGCGCUUCGAUAUCUUUCAUGGGGUCUCCGUCGAUCUCGACACGGCGGCUAGAGAUCCACACGGUUUAGCCGCACUCAUCCAUGUCCGGGAAAAGAGCCGCUGGAAAGCGAACAGUGGAACGGAAAUGGCGCAACACGACCAAAGCGCCUACGCACGAUUCACCCUCCGAAACAUCUGUGGCGGGGCAGAAUUAUUGGAGGGACAAUUCUCCUACGGCACAGUCACCCGAAACGCGUUCGAGGUGCGCCUCGAGUCCCCGGUUAACGCGAGUCCGGAUACGAAAGUCGAGGUUGCGGGGUGGAAUUCGAGUACGGAUAAGAAAUUGUGGGCGGGGCAUGAGGAGGUAUCGAGGGGUGGGGCGGUACGGCUGCGACAUGCGGAUCCUACACCGGGGAGUGGGAUGCAUGAAUUGGGAUGGAUGGGUGUAUGGCGGACAAACACCGGGAUGACGGAGACAGCACCACACUCAAUCCGUGCCAACGCGGGUGAUUCGGUCAAGAGUGCCAUCUACCACACCUACAUACGAAAGACAUUCGAUCACCCACUCCUCCCCACAUCCGGUACCUAUCUUCGCCUCUACAACGAAAUCGCUGGUGCGUCGCUCGGACCGCUAGGCUUGGGCUUGGGUCUGGGUGGCGACACACACUUCCUCAAAUCCGAGAUCCAUUCUCGUGUGGUGACGCCACUCCACCUCCCCACCUCAACAACCCUCUCCCUCAGCCUCCGCGCAGGCGGACUCUGGGGUCUACGAGGCAUCACGCGCCCCAACGACCGUUUCUUCCUCGGUGGUCCAUCAGACGUACGAGGGUUCGCAUUCAACGCGCUCGGACCCCGCGAAAACAACUACAGUCUCGGCGGGGACAUCUACCUCGCUUCCGGCCUCGCGAUCGCGACUCAAAUCCCAUAUCUCCCCACCUGGCCCGCACGCCUCCACACCUUCCUCAACGCUGGCUCCUUAUCUCCCAUUGACCAAACCAAACCGCUGGGGGCACAGGUUCGGGAAGUGGUGGGGAGGGGGAGUGUGGCAGUGGGGGUUGGUGUUGUGUGUGCGGUGAGGGGAGUUGCGAGGGUUGAGGUUAAUUUGGGGGUGCCGGUUGUUACGAGGGGUGGGGAGCGGGCUGUGAAGGGGGUUCAGGUUGGAUUGGGGGUGGAGAUGUUGUAAGGGGGAAGGGGGUCCGAAGGAACCUCGCCGAGGGCGGUGGGUAGAAAAGGAUCGACGGCGUGAGAGCUUGAGGUUGGGGAUAUUGAGGGAAGAGUAUAAAAGGGGGGGGGAUGUGUAGGAUAUAGAGGGUGAGAUGGACGAUAGCAUAUGCAUGAUAGUAGACUUUAGUGGUAAAAAGAUAUCAUCCGUUGUACGAAACUAGAAGGAGACUACCUAGAUAGGUGGGGUGUCAUUAAUCGAGAUCUCGU